AAGUAUCAGAGGUACCUACUUACCUCUUCGCAAAAGUUGACUUUGACUCGAACGCGGACCUGUCCCUUCCUCUCUUGUUGCUCAUUGCGUUGCUCCCUCGGAUACUUGGGACGCAAGCCCGCCAAAACAAUCCCUGUUCACCAUCACCUCACACAAACGCAAGACGCACCCGCGCACCGCCAUGUACCUUACUUCGUCCGCACCACGCACUACUGUACAUACGCACAGCACACCGUUCGUUCGUUCCUCCCACUCCCUUGCCGAUUCCCGCUGGAGAGAAUCCGACGUACACUACACUAGCAAGAAGCAAAGAAAGGACAGAGAGGACCAUGGUUCAUGGUCCAUGGAAAAAAAUACUUGAGGAAAUACUAAUUCCACCUCACCAAAAACUCACACACCCUGCUGGUGGCCCGUCUCCGUGCUCCUCAACUACUUACGAUACCCGACCUCCGUCCUCCUUCUUCUCCUCCGACCCUCGCUCACUCUCACUCGACUCUCUCUCUCGCUUUUCCUCUCCUUCCCUCCUUCUUCUCACCCUCUUGCUGCUCUUGAGAAGCUUCCUCUUCUCUCUCUCCCUCUCUCUUACCCCCACGCCAAUCCCCUUUCUCACCAAAGGAUCUCUCCUCCGUCAGCUCGACAAAAAAAGAAGCUGGACUUUGCCGUUGUGCGCCGCUGCUUGAUCCCAUCAAUACCUACACCCAUACCAGGGUAGACAGACAACAGCAUCACCGCCUAGGUCAGUUACCGCUCCCCGAAUCCUACCCACCCCGGUCAUGUCAAUCCUGCCCCUCCGACGCCUCUUUCCCACCUCCGAACGCUUCACACACACCUCAUGUCACUUCCACACCCGCUCGCCGCCGCACAUCGCAUCAGACACGACCCAGGACCAAAAAAAAAAAAGUCUCUCCCACCAAGGAGCUGGGGCUACGCCAGCUACAAAGGUCCACUUAAUGUCUGGUGGUGUCCCCAGCUGCCGAUGAGCAUGUAGCCUCGCAGAUCCAACGAUUUCAGCUUCCCUGAGCGAACUGUCGUCUCUCCGAGUCCCUCCUGAAAUCUCACCUUCUCCCCACCAUAAUUCCGACUCGUUUGUUUUCCACCAAACUUCCUCUUACUACUCAUCCUCCUCCUCCUCCACCUUCAACCUUUCCAAUCCUUACUUUGGACAUCUUUCUCCUUCAUCUCUCUCGCGGGCAGACAUCCAUAGACUUGUUUCUGGCGCCCAUUGUCUGUUUCGAACAAGCUUGCUGACCUUGUUACCCCUCGCCAGAAUCUUUUUUCUUCUUCCCUUGUUGAGACUCUCAUCCUCCCCGACGAAGCUCGACUUUCUUCACAAUGCCUUCGGCCACCACCCCCGCUAACGGUGCCAAUGGCGCCAAGGCAGCCAGCGGCCUGUCUGCCAACGACAACAUCACACGCUUCUCGGCUCCCAGCCGUCCUUUGAGCCCUCUCCCCGAACACGCUCUGUUCAACGACAAGACUAGAUGCUUCGUCUACGGUCUGCAGCCCCGCGCCGUCCAGGGUAUGCUCGACUUCGACUUCAUCUGCAAGCGCAAGACCCCCUCCGUCGCCGGUAUCAUCUACACUUUCGGUGGUCAGUUCGUCUCCAAGAUGUACUGGGGAACCAGCGAGACUCUCCUGCCCGUCUACCAGGAGGUCCCCAAGGCCAUUGCCAAGCACCCCGACGUCGACGUUGUCGUCAACUUCGCCUCCUCCCGAAGUGUCUACACCUCCACCAUGGAGUUGAUGGAGUUCCCCCAGAUCAAGACCAUUGCCAUCAUUGCUGAGGGUGUCCCCGAGCGCCGCGCUCGUGAGAUCGCCCACAAGGCUCAGCAGAAGGGCAUCACCAUCAUUGGCCCCGCCACUGUUGGUGGUAUCAAGCCUGGCUGCUUCAAGAUCGGUAACACUGGUGGCAUGAUGGACAACAUUGUUGCCUCCAAGCUGUACCGCAAGGGUUCCGUUGGUUACGUCUCCAAGUCUGGUGGUAUGUCCAACGAGCUCAACAACAUUAUCGCCAACAACACCGACGGUGUCUACGAGGGUGUGGCCAUUGGUGGUGACCGAUACCCCGGAACCACCUUCAUCGACCAUUUGCUCAGAUACCAGGCCGACCCCGACUGCAAGAUUCUCGUCCUGCUCGGUGAGGUUGGUGGUGUUGAGGAGUACAAGGUCAUCAAGGCCGUUGAGGACGGUGUCAUUACCAAGCCCAUCGUUGCCUGGGCCAUUGGUACCUGCGCCAGCAUGUUCAAGACUGAGGUUCAGUUCGGUCACGCCGGUGCCUUCGCCAACUCCACCCUGGAGACGGCCAAGACCAAGAACGAGAAGAUGAAGGAGGCUGGCUUCUACGUCCCCGAGACCUUCGAGGAGAUGCCCCAGGUCCUCAAGGCUCUCUACGACUCCCUCGUCAAGAACGGCACCAUCAAGCCCCAGCCUGAGCCCGUCGUUCCCAAGAUCCCCAUCGACUACUCUUGGGCCCAGGAGCUCGGUCUCAUCCGUAAGCCCGCUGCCUUCAUCUCCACCAUUUCCGACGACCGUGGCCAGGAGCUCCUGUACGCUGGCAUGCCCAUCUCCGACGUUUUCAAGGAAGAGAUUGGCAUCGGUGGUGUCAUGUCCCUUCUGUGGUUCCGUCGCCGCCUUCCCCCCUACGCCUCCAAGUUCCUCGAGAUGGUUCUCAUGCUCACUGCCGACCACGGCCCUGCCGUGUCCGGUGCCAUGAACACCAUCAUCACCACCCGUGCCGGCAAGGACCUUAUCUCCUCCCUUGUCGCUGGUCUCCUGACCAUCGGUUCCCGCUUCGGUGGUGCCCUUGACGGUGCCGCCGAGGAGUUCACCAAGGCCUUCGACAAGGGCCUGAGCCCCCGUGAGUUCGUCGACAACAUGCGCAAGGCGAACAAGCUCAUCCCCGGUAUCGGUCACCGUGUCAAGUCCCGCAACAACCCCGAUCUCCGUGUCGAGCUUGUCAAGGAGUACGUCAAGGCCAAGUUCCCCACCCACAAGCUUCUCGACUACGCCCUGGCUGUCGAGACCGUCACCACCUCCAAGAAGGACAACCUCAUUCUCAACGUCGAUGGCUGCAUUGCUGUCUGCUUCGUUGACCUGAUGCGCAACUGCGGUGCCUUCUCCUCCGAAGAGGCCGAGGACUACCUCAAGAUGGGUGUCCUCAACGGUCUGUUCGUUCUCGGCCGUUCCAUCGGUCUUAUUGCCCACUACCUCGACCAGAAGAGACUCCGCACUGGUCUGUACCGUCACCCGUGGGACGACAUUACCUACAUCCUUCCUCAGCUCGGCGGCGGCGGCGCACCAGGCGCCGAGGGCAGAGUCGAGGUGCAGAUGUAAGGGUUUAACGAUUAGCGGCGGAAGGUUACGGUUUGCCACGGGAUGUGGCUAUAGAAAUGGAGUCUAUGAUUUUAACGUCAUGCGAGGGAUGAUGGUGUGCUAAAUGGCGUCUUGUACGACAAGCUAUAUACGUGUAGUGCUGCGCAGUCCUCCGGGAUAUACUAAUGGUUUUGCCCGAU